AUGUCCUCCUUGCCAUCGUGUGCUAUGCCAUCAUGUGCUACGCCAUCAUGUGCUAUGCCAUCAUGUGCUAUUCCAUCAUGUGAUAUGCCAUCAUGUGCUAUGCCAUCAUGUGAUAUGCCAUCAUGUGCUAUGCCAUCAUGUGAUAUGCCAUCAUGUGCUAUGCCAUCAUGUGUUCUGCCAUCAUGUGCUAUGCCAUCAUGUGCUAUGCCAUCAUGUGCUAUGCCAUCAUGUGUUCUGCCAUCAUGUGCUAUGCCAUCAUGUGCUAUGCCAUCAUGUGCUAGUCCAUCAUUUGCUAUGCCAUCAUGUGCUAUGCCAUCAUGUGAUAUGCCAUCACGUGCUAUGCCAUCAUGUGAUAUGCCAUCAUGUGCUACGCCAUCAUGUGUUAUGCCAUCAUGUGCUAUGCCCCCAUGUGCUAUGCCCCCCUGUGCUAUGCCCCCCUGUGCUCUGCCCCCCUGUGCUCUUCCCCCCUGUGCUCUGCCCCCCUGUGCUCUGCCCCCCUGUGCUCUGCCCCCCU